CUUAACACAAGACGUUUUAGUAUUUGCCAUAAGGAAUGCAUUUCUGGCCAUAAGAUAUUUAAGAUCGUAUUGGUGUAUUUCACUUGGAUGUUGACAAAAUCGGCUGGGACACAACACAGUCAUCCGCAAAAAAGCAAACAGUUGAAUCAAGGUCACUGGUAAGGUCAAAAAUUAGCUUUUUGUUAUAUACAGAAAAGCUUCUUCCAAGUUCAAAAUGAUGAAGGCAGCACAGAAUAGACGGGAGAAGUUUUUCAGAAAGCUCAGUAAAGGCCUCAAAAAUGACUGGGAAGAAGUUGCAUCGCAUUGUGGUAUUCCGCAUGAAGAAAUUGAAAACAUCAAAGCAUCUACAUGUAAUCCACAUUUGCAUGAAAAAUCGUUUCAAUUUUUGGUUAAGCUGUGGGAAAAAUUCCCACAUUUAGAGGACUGGUCAGGAAAGUUACUUCAGGCUCUUGGAACUGCAGAGAGAAUGGAUUUGGUUGAGCAGCUUCAGGGGUUCAGAUUGAAUGAGAAAACAAUCCAAGACACCAUGGACGAGGGCAGUUUGGAUUCUGAACCAUCUUUGACUUCAAGUUCUUCCCAGAAAGGGCUUCCUGGAGACAGUUCUGUACCUGAGAAUUCGAAGCGCAGUGAGAAUGAGGGGAUUCUAAAGACUGCCUCUCAGAAUGGAAACGCCAAACCAGAAGGGUCUGUGGCUACCAAGACAACCCCAAAGCGCAAACGGAAACUGUCAAAAGAUGCGAAAGAAAACGGUGCUGGACCACAUAGCUCUCCCAAGAAAAGGACAAAACCAAGCACCACCAAACCAGUUAAACCACCCAAAGGUGGAUUGAAGAAAAUUAAAGACAUCUGUGAAGAAGGCUCUCAUACAUGGUACAUAAAAGCAUGGCUGGAUCAUUGGUGCAAAAAGGAGUAUAAAAAAGGACCAGUGAAGGGUCCAAAUAAAUUCCAUUGUUCUUUUUUUUUGCGGGAUAAAAGUGAAGAAACAAUUUAUACAUCUAUCUUCUGCAACAACAAGAAAGAAUGUAAGUCUCUCUGGAGAUAUAUCAAGGGGUGUUCAAAGAAGAAACCACUGUAUAUACGUCGCCUUAAUGUUAAGAAAGAGGACAUACCAAAGUACCUAAACGUACCAGGAAAAAGCAACUGCAAGUUAAUAUUGAAUGAACAUUCUGAAGUUACUAAAGCCUAGAAAGUUGAUAAAUGACUCUUUUAAUAUGAGAGCAGCCAUCUAAACUUAACUUGUAAAACCAAAAACCAAUGUCAAAUUUUCCCAAUUUCAUUACAAGUAUUCAGUGGUAUUCUAUACCUCCUGGUGUUGAAGUGAGUUUUUGAUGUCCUUGAAAAGAAACCCCCUAUGUACAAUGUCAGAUCUGCCAACUCUCCGCAUGAUUCUGCAUUAAGUUCCCUUGAAAAUUAACCUAUCUGUACAUGUUGUACAGAACAAAUUUGAAUAUCUCCCUGAUUAUGGAAACUUGUUAUCUGUUAUGUUGAAUGAACAAGAUUUCCCUGAUUGCAAGAUGCAAAUGUUGGCAGCUCUACUAUGUAUGCAUGUACACAUACGUACAUAAUGUUUCAUUAUUUGAUUUUGUAAACUGAUUAAAGGUAUUAUUAACCAUGAUACAAUUAUAUCACAAACCUAAAGUUGAUUUGUCAAUACCUGUUGGUCGGUAAGUUUAUGAAAGUUGUGGUGUAAUUUGCAUAUGCUCUAGUUAUUAGCACCACUUUGGGCUGAACCUCUAUUGGCAGACAUGUAGUAGCUGUUUGUGUUAGUUUUAGUCAGUUGUGUCUGAAUUGGAAUGCACUUCACUAGGCAUGGGAGGUUUCAUUUCAAUUCUACUUUGAAAUGAUAAGCUUGCAGUCGCAAAAAAAUGCAAUCAAUUUUUUUGAGUAUACAAUGCAUACCCUGUUCUAUGGGUCUCUCAUGUUUUUAAUCACUGUGUGUGGGUUUCUGUUCAUAAUGAUCGACUCCAUUUCUCCAAAUGGAUGACUCCAAAUCCUCUGAACAAGAUGUAUUGUUAAUAAACAUGUGCGCCUGCAGUAAUAAUAUUUAUAGAUUUAACCAAUUUGACCAAUCAGAUGCUUCCGUUUAGCGUGCACAAACCACUGUUGGGUUUUACAAGUAGUUAAAUUGGCUCUCGCUGAGCAGCACAGUCCAAGGAGAUAGUUACGAGAGAGCCAAUUUUCUAUAGCCGCAACAGAAACUUAAUGACUUAUCAACAAAUGUAUUGUUACAAUGGUUUAGAUGGAAUCGAUGAGUAAUUUUCCUCAAACUUUUUUGUUCAUCUUUUUUAAUGUAAAUUCUGUUAUAAAUUUGUUGUUUAUUUGAAAACUGCAAGUUGAAUUACUGUGCAGCAGCAGAAUUUAAUUGCAUGUGUUAUUCUGUUGUAUUUUUGUCAUCUAUGGUUAAAGUUGAAAAUCAAUUUGAUUGAAGGCUAUUUUGUGUCUUAAAAACCGAAAGUUCCAUCCACUUUUGGUCUCCUUUACCAUAUACAUGUAUGGUGUUUACUAUGAACAAGAUUCUCAAGUCUGUGAUCCAAGGUUCAUGUCAAAGGUUGAUUCAUAAGAGGGCGCUAUUUCAGGCAAAACUGAAUGGCUACCAUCAGGUAAACAAAAAACCACAUUCACAGACUUGGACUCAAGUUUAUGAUGAUAGCUAUAUAUUUUUUAAUUCUUUGUAUAAUAAAAAAUUAAUAAGAUUGCUUAAUUUAUAGAGUCUGUAUGUUUGGUUUUUGGAACCAUACAUGUACCGGUAAAUGUAUAAUAAUAAUAUAGAAGUCGUGUACAGCGCAUGUAUCUACAAACUUUCCGAAUGAUAUGUAAUUGCAGUGAUGAAUUUUAAGACCCAAUUAUUUAGCACAAGGGUUUACAAGGUGCUACGGUG